AUGAUCAGACCGGAUAUUUUGGAACAAUGGCAAUCUCUAUUUCAAGCCGCAAAGUGGGACGAGUCCUAUGCGCUUUGUAUCCUGAUCGUCACAGUGAAAGAGAAACCAAAAGACAAUGUUGGACAACGCUUGUCAUUCACAGCCAUCGGAGGAUAUGACCUAAACUCGGCCAUUUUGGAUAUCUAG